CUAUUGCCUCAAGCCUUCAAACCCCUAGUGCAUAAUUUCCUCAUCACCACCAGUAACAGAAACAUUGCAAAUCCCAUCUACAUGCAUAGGAGCCAAAAUGAUCAAUAAAUUGAUCGUGAGCCCUUAAGAUAUAGAAGAAGAUAUGGGUAUGGGCUCAAUAAGACUAAGUUGAAAGUAUAGAGUAAGUUCUGCUUUGUUCUAUAUUAUUCUAUAUAAGCGUUGAAAAUAUAUUAAUUAUAAAUUGAUUUUAUAUCAAAGUCUCUUUCAAUAACUGAAUAAAUUUUGCUAAAGUAGGACUGUUGUGUCAGUUCUGUUGAAAAUUCGUUCUUUGUUGUGGAGAGUCAGCUCCUUUGACUCACAUAUUUUCUUUAAUAGUACAAAUGGUGAUCUAACCUUUCACAUUCUAGCCCUUACAUCAGCUUCUCAUCCACAAUUUGCCUUGCUGCUGCCUAAGUAUGUUAAGGCCUCUUCUAUUUAAAGUUCAUUUCCUGCCAUAGAGAUAUGCUCUUGAUUGGCAGAGUUUAUCUUUAUGAUCUUUGUCUUGCUUUUGUUUAUAUUGAGUCCGAGAUCGGCUGAGUAAAUAUGUUUUUCUUUUCCUGCGUUUGUUGGUGGUUGUGGGACAAAAGUGCAAUGUCAUCUGCAAAGUCUAGGUCAUUCAAUUGUUCCCUGGGUGUCCAUUGUAUUCUGUUCCUCCUUUUUUUCUGGGGAUUUUUUUUCAGUAUACAGUCAUUGGCAAGGAUGAAUAGAAAGUAGGACAGAGAAAUCCUUGUCUGAGUCCUGUUUCCACGGUUUAAGGGCAUCUGGAAGUCUACCUGUGUGUACAACCCUGCAUGUCAUUUCUUCAUAAAAAUUCUGAAUAAUCGUGUCUAAUUGUCCACAUAAUGUCGAAGUUUAUACUAGGUUUCUAGGUCCAGGCUAUCAAAUGCUUUAUCUUAGUCGAUAUAAUUCAUAUAUAGGAGGUAGGGCCAUUUGAUGGACUGUUCUACAAUAAUUCGUAAUGUUUCAAUUUAAUCUGUGCAUAAUCUGUUUCGGCGGAGGCCAGCCCGUUGAUCUCGUUGGUGUAUGUCGAACUAGUCAUUCAUUCAAUUCAAAACGAUUCUGUUAAAUACUUUUUCCUGGUACAGACAACAGUGUAAUUCCUCUGUGACUUGGACCGAGGCUAAAGUCCCCUUUGUUUGGUAUCUUGACGAUGUAUCCUUCUUUCAAAUCUUUUGGAACUCUUUCUUCUUCCCAAAUCUUUUAAAACGUAAUAUGCAGCAUGUUGAUUAUUGUAUUGUAGACCAAAUAUUUUCCUGAAAUUUUAAAUGUUUGGUAAGUUUUUUCAAACUAUACAAAAUAUUGUCAAACGUCUUUCUCUGCAAAAUUAGGUAAUACUUUUGCAAAUUUAAUUGCAUUGCAACCCUGACUGACAGUAGCCAUAAGUCUAUUCUCCAUUUCUUCCAAAUGGGCAGUUAUGUCCAUUUCUUUUAAUUUUAUUUGUAUUUCUUUAUGUGCUUCUUAGCUCCAUUUUUUAGCUUCAGUUGGAGCUCCAUACUAGGAUCAUGCGGUUGUGUGACUGAGGCCAGUUCGUCCUCAGACAACAUAUCCUCAUCCAUUAAGUAGACGAUGAUCAUAUCUCUUACGGUCUUUUUUACUGCAGAAUGAGCUACAUUUAUUCAUAAAACUUUAGCAAUGGAAAAUAGCUCCUUUCUAGAACAUUUUUCUACUGAUGGGUUUUCAACAUCAGCAUCCAUUUUGACACAGGCAAAUUAUAACAUAAAGUUUUUUUUUUAAAUUUAUUUUAACCUUAGUGAAAACCCUUAUGAAAAUAGGUUUCCCCCUCCCCCAAAAAUGCAGCUAGCUCUGUUUUUGGUAUGGUAACAUAAGGAAUGUUAUCAUGUACUAGAUAGUCAGAGUAAAUUAAGGAAAACAGUGGGUCUAAAUUCAUAUACAAACACUCAAUUUAUUUUUGGUGUAAUAAGAAAAGUUAUGGCUUCAAAUUAUCUCAGGACAAGAAAACCAAUUUUCUUAUUUUUUUAUGAGAACUUUCCCAAAAUUUUAUUAAAUUGGGGACUUGUAAGAAAUACAAAUAUUGAUUCAGGUAUCCACGGACGGGCAACCCAUUUUUUACGCACUGCUAUCCACAGGCACACUUAAUCUCUUAUUUAUAUGUAUGGCUCGUUUCAAAACAGUGCAUAACAGGAAGAUACCAAAUAAUAAAACAACAACAAGAAUGCGUUUCUCAAAACAGUGCUAACUGCGAUUAAUAAGUUUUAUUAAGUUACUAAUAAAUUACAAAAUAAAAGAAAUAACAGAGUAUUGUGUUUCUUGUACUGACACAAAAGUGGAUGAAAUUUACAACGUGCCCAAAAGGAAAGAAAAACUUUUGCUAGCUUGUCGUUCCGUAAAGUAAAAACCUUAUCUCUCGAUAAUCAUAUCUCUCAACUUUGUAUAGUCUCUUCAACUGAUGAAUCUGGAUCCGCUUAACACAUAGUUUUACUUUUCAGUUUAGUCCACAUUUUUCAACAAAAUUCGACUAGUACAGACGAUUUAUUGUAUUUAGGUCAAGAGACUAUUUUUAGCUAGCCACACCUUAAAUGUGGUUUAGACAGUUUAGACUUGCUCGUUGUCUGCUAGAGUUCACAGCACGGGGAAAUAUGACAUAAACACGUCAUCUACAUAACAGGGAAAAUCAAAUUCUUCUAUUUUUAAAUCUUCUUUGCUGGUUGUAUAUCUGGCGUGUCUGUCUGUAUGUGGGGUUGGUUGGGUGAGUCUUUUAGUAUUCCACCAAUAUUUUUGUUAUUCUUUUUGUUCUAUUUUAUCUAGCCUCGUUUUCUGUAACCGGUCUCUAUGGCCUCUUGUAUCUGGAUGAGAGCUUUCUUUUUAUAUCAUUUCUAGUGGAUAAACUGUGCCAAUUUUUUCAAUUCACAUUUUUGAUGUAUAAGUACAUUAUCACAGAUAAGGCAUUCAAACUUCAGAUUUUAAAAUUAAUUUAUUUUAACACUAUAAAGAUGACAUUGUUUAAUUUGGAUUAAAAAGUUACUACUUCAGUUACUCAGUUAACGUAAUAUUGUAUAUUACAUUGCUAAUAAUAAUAAAAGGUAAAGCCCUCACAAACUCUUUCACUGACUCAUCACUAAUUCUCCAACUUCCUCUAAAGAUCGAAGCCUGAAAUUUGGCAGACUUUUCGAAACUUAACCCGGAACGGUCACAACCGGGCCACCCGAAUUUUUUUUUCUUCCAUAUAUGAGCUAUAUAAAUAAAAUUAACAACAAACACUCCUACAUAAAUAGAUGAAUAUUGAACAAACUUAGCACACAAACACUUGAGUAUCCAUACUCAAAUACGGAAGGGUAUUGAACUUAUAAUAUCCAUACUGGGGGCACAAUUUCAUUUUUUCUUAUAUAAGCUAUAUAAAUAUUAAUAUGCUUAAAAUUCAUACAUCAAUAUAUGGAUCUUGACAAAACCUAACAGGAUCUGUAGCCCAUCGGGAUCCACUGCGAUCGGUAUCCCCAUGGGAUCAAGACAGAGGCGUGAUCGUGAUCCCGAUGUGGAUUCCCGCUGGAUCCGGAGCCAAAAGGAAAUGGGAUCCCACCGGGAAUGGGAUCACACCGGGAAAAGAGAUGGCACUGAGAUCUGAUUUAGAUUGGGAUUGGGGACUCAUUAGAAAGGGGUUCUUCCAGGAUAGGGGUCCUAAUGCAAUCCUGUGCAACGUCGUGUAAAUUGGCUAGCUGCUAAUAAAAAUUGUUCUAAUAAAUCACUGAAUGUGGAUGUAACAUCCAUGUUUACUUUUUGUCAUUUAUGUUCUAUCUGAUCAUCAUCUGUGUGGUAUUGCAGUGUCUGGAACUUAUUUCUUAAAAUAACACUUAAUUCCUGUUAUUACUGCCUGUUUGCCAGCAGUGUUAUGUUGAGUUUUAGUCUUUUAGCUGCUGGCUAUUCCCAUUUUGUUUUUCAGUUUUAGCUUUUGAGUCUUACACAAACUAGAUGUUAAUCAGAUGCAGCAUUGCCUCUUCUUUUUUCUGGGAAAACUUGUUGAGACCUUCUAAAUUUUAUGCUUACAAAUGAAUUAUGAUACAUUUGUUUUCUGUUUUGUUUUGCUGUCAGGAACUCCCAAGUUAACUUGUGGAUAUUCUAAUGUUGGAAUUCGCUGCCCCAAUAACGAGCUCAGUAACAAUGCAGAACUCUGUCAAGCUUUCACUGUACUCAUUCCUUUCUCAUAUGACAUGGCCUCGCAUAAUUUGUUUCGUAUACACUGUUUUCUAAUCGUUGCAUUUUGAACAAUCAUUAAGAUAUUUAGAUCUCUACCUGGAAAGUAUCCGGUGUCGCGUGUAAUCUAUUUGAGAACGCUUCUUUUUCGACCUUUCUUACUAUUGUUGAUGGGUGCAUAGCACUGUAUUAAAUGCAUAUUUAUUUUCUUCAUCUGGUUCGGAAUGUGUUGCAAUAAUUCUCGGACCAAAGGCUUCCCGUCCAAUGAAUGCAUCUUUUGCCAUUCGUGUCGUCGUCAUGAAAGCGACCCUUUGUGAUUGUGGAGCAUUUUACUCCUCACGUCCUCAUUCUGUUAGUGUUUCCCCAGGGGCCAAAGUUAACUAUCCAGCUUAUUUUAAUGAUGCCAAGCAGUGUGAGUUGGUAUCUUUUCAACUCUUCUGAAUUCCUUGCUUCUUACAUGGUUAUAACAUUCUAAAAGCCUAUGCAUAUCGCCUUUAUAAGGACGGUCUUCUGUUUUGACGAUUCCAGGAUAAUUUGGCUUUGGUCUCAAGGCCAAUAGUUUUCCUUGGGGAAGAAGAGCGCUCUUAUAUCAUGAAUGCAAUUAUUUUUUCUUCUUGUUAACAUUUCUGUAGCAGUUUGUUUUUUUUUACCGGCGAGGUAGCUUGCCUCAUGCCAACGUUCCUUCUUUUGCACUAGGGCUUGGGACAAGCCAUGAUGGUGUUAUAAAAAGAACGAAAUAUUUUGUAGAGAAUUGAAUGAACAUUUUUUUUUUAAACUUUAGAAUAAACAUAAAUCCAUCUUACUUUCUUACUAUCGCAUUUUAUUGAUUUUUUGAUAAUUGGAUUCUAAAUAGAUCUUAAAAAACAUUUGAAUGAGAUUCAUUUUUGAAAACUGCAUAAAGUGUUCCACUGUAGAUGCUUGACUUCUAUCAGUUGACAUAUUUUUACACAUUUAUAGAGGUCUCUAAGAUCAAAAAUGGGUAAAAAUUUAAAGAGCAUUAUAAACUAUCAAAAUAAAUCGCUAAUGAAAAUUAUGAGAAGGAACGCAAUGUCAAACUUUCAAUAGCCACCCUCCCCUAAAAAAUUAUGUAAAAAUUUGUAUACCACGCCCCCCCCCCCCCACCCCCCAAAAAAAAUAAUUAAUUAUAUAAAUUAAUAUACAAAUUCCUUUUACUUUGUGCUGAUCUAUUUUAAUAACAAAUAAUUUAUUGUAAGGAAAAAGAUUUAUUGCAUCUUUAAUCUUUUUAAUCAGCAAGUUUAAAGGUUUUUUACUUAAAUUGUAUUAUGCAGAAUCAAUUAAAGGUUGUUAAAGACGAAAUAUCAUUGUUUGUGGAAGUAUAAAUAUGAUUAUUGUCAGUAUAGCUCACAACUUUAGCACAGUUUCAAGCUGCAGUCACCAGGCAGGGGCCAGGUGUUACUCUAUCGUAGCAAUAGGCAUGGUAGCGUUUUUAUUAUUUUCAUCUUGGGAAACUGGUAUACCAGAUAAGUCAGCAUCAUCCUCAUCUAACCAUUCAGCACUUAAAAUAGAAGCAUUGUCAGUGUGAGCGAAAAUUGCCAUAGGCUCUCUCUCUAUAUAUAUAUAUAUAUAUAUAUCUCCUGGCAGCUACUUGCAUUAGUGCUUUUAUUUUUUUAUUUUUUUUGAGGAGCAGGUGGUAAUUUCGUAUGGACUGUUUGUGCUGUAGAACGUGCUAUUUCAACAUGACAUGUGGAGCAAAUUAGAUGUUACAGAUUUUAAAAAAUCCGUUCAAGCAGCGAUGUUAUUAUUGUUACCCACCUUACUUCCACUAAUUCUCAAAAUAUCGUAUUCCUACUCUAUCAAUAUCAUUCAUCUUGACUGCACAUGACACUUGAACCUUGUCCUUGUUCAAUACCUGCAACAGAAUCUACAGAAUGAAGAGUGAUCAACUUUUGACUUUUAUUGCACUAGCAAAGUGUGCUAAUGUCUGACUAGCCAUCUGCACUGCACAGACAUGCAAACAUUAAAUAAAUCUUAUAUUGUUACAAUCUUAAAAAUUAAAUACCUGAUUAAAUUUACACUCAUUAAAUUUGUUAAAAUAAAGUAAUUACAAGUCGAAAAAUUUUAAGUAAAAAAUUUAAAUAGAGAAAAUAUGAUUGUUGACGUCAACUAAUCUACUUUCUCCUCCUUGUCAACAAUUAUCAAACAUUGCCACCACGCCCCUUCCUAUUUUGCUGACAUAAUUAAUGGAUGACCCCUUUCACAAAAAAAAAAAAAAAAACGCAGAUAAUUAAUAAUUGUCUAAAUAUUUAGUUGGCCCUCCAGAGUGGAACUCCACACAUCCUUCCUAGGUUAGUGGAUACAAGCCUGCAAUAUUACGUUAUUUACAAUUUUUGACGCCUCUAUUAAGAUAGUGGUUUGGGCGGCAACCCCUUUCACCACUUCAUCUCAAAGAUCUCUUCCCAAAAUUUCAUUUAAGAACCUUCAUGUUCUAGAUAUAAAAACAUUCAAGAAACAUUGGAUGCAUGUUUGUUAUAAUUGCAAAGUCUCUACCUUGUAGAUUUUAAUGAAGAAAUGGGGUGAAAUCCUUAAAAGAAACAUUAAAAAUAUACGAGAUAAUGUUACUGCUUUUUAAUUUAAAGAGCCUCCCGUUAUUAUUAUGCAUAAUUAAAGUCCUGAAAAUGAAAGCUUGUUGCUUUUAAAAACAUGUUUACUUUUAUUUUUUAAAAGUCAUUAGUAAAAAAAAAUGGAAUUUUUAAAUUAAUUUCACUAAACGGCCUAUUAAUGCAUUGUAAACGUAUAAAAAGUUUGGACUGCGAUAAGGUUUUUACUUAGGUUAGUUUAAUGAGAUGAAUUACAAAUUCACAAUUUAACGUAGCUGCAAUUUUUUCCCUCUAUGUUUUUUUUUUUUGAAUUGUACUGCCUUCCUUUUUUCUUUCCAUUUAUCUGAUCUGUUUGUUUUUGGGAUCUGCGCCAAAUGUUCAAAAUUCUUGUCUAUUUUGUUUUAAGUAUUAGUAGGGUAUAACCCCACAUAUAUUAUGUUAAUUUAACUUUUAAUUAUAUCAAUGUUUUUUUUGUUCUGUUGAAGGCAUUUGUCAAAACGUUUCAAUUUGUAUUUUCUCAGCAUAAUUAAGCUAAGAUAACCAAGCACAUAAUUGUUUCAAUUACACCAUUGUUUUGUGUUUCAACCAUAAGUAUUGUUGCGGAAUACAUAAAAAUAACCUAAAACUGAUCUGUAUGCUAUUUUACAGAUUUUGGGUGGAAAAUGGCCAAUAGGGCUUCUCGUGAUGUGUCUUCUGAUGCUGAGCCAAUUUGUCCAAGCUCUUCUUCGAAGCCACAAGAAACUGCUCAGGGCCCAUCUAAACACGUCAACAUCCACAACGCUAAAAAUGUGGUUGUAAAGGGUAACCUCAAUUACAAAACCCAAGCCUCAAACAAUGAAAAUGGUAAGCCGAUGUAAAUCUUUCUUGCAAAAAUAGAUAUGAUAUUUUAAGUCAUAAGUAAUGACCUUUAUUUCAGUGGUUUUCUUUAAGCCUAAGCAAAGAUCAUUUUUAUACCUUAAUAAUUUCUCUACUCCCCAUAUUAAUAAUAAUAAUAAUAAUAAAGUUCAUUUCAAAAACACGAUUCAUCCCCAAAGGCUCGAAGCGCGGUACAAAGUCAACGAAAUACAAAUCUAUAAUUUACCACAUUUAAAACAAACGCAACAUUAGCAUUAUACAAUUCAAACAAUUAUUUAAGUGUGUAAUUACAUUCCCUAAACUUGCUAACAGACCUUUUAAGUGCUGCAAUAAUUUUUAGGUAUAAAGGCUGUAGGGAUUUUCUGGGACAUUCAGAACUGCGCUAUACCUUCUGGAAAGUCAGUGCGACACCUGAUCAUCAAAAUUAGGGAAGCUGUUGUCACAGAAGAAUAUGCUGAAAAAGUAUUCAUGUGUGUAUGUGAUACAAAAAAGGAAUCAGAAUCAACUAUUGAAGAUUUAAACAAAGGAAAGGUUUGUAGUUUUACAACUGUCCAUAAAAUACUUGCAUUCAUAAAACCUAAUUAAUCUUUAUUUAUUUUAGAAAGAUUAGCCUAGUUCCAUUACAAUCUGCAACUCUGCAAAUUUGUGUUUAAGACAAUCAGAACAGGACAAUUUAGUGAAGAUAAUUCUAUAGAAGUUGAAGUUUUACUUCAUGAACCUCUUGAAAUUCCAUAUCUAUGAAAAGAUUAAAACACCAUCAGUGCUUGCUUCUACUUUCAUUUGUUACGAAACUGGAUCUACCCCUAAGUUCAAUAGCUUCGUAGUCUAGGGGUUUUAGUAAUUACACAAACCAAUGCUUCAUAGGAUAAAGUAUAUUUAUUUACACAACUAAACUACAUCUUCAACUGCAAUUACUCCAAGAACAACACUACACAAUACUAUACGUCAUUUCCCAUUCCCACAAAAUACGUCACAAUAAACUAAAGGAUAAAUAGUUAAAGCAAAACAUAUAAUCUCUAAAAAAAACAAGCAGUCACAUUAUACAUUCAAGUACUUAACACCCCUGAAAGAUUAAAUCCUACGGUAGUCUAUAGGGAAUGGAUACUUCAGAAACGCAUGCUAAUUUUCCCUUUCACAAUUAGUUUAAUCAAUUUUGUGUUCUUGAAAUAUUGACGAGUGACAAUUGCAAAGUUUUUUUAUUUCACAUAUGUUGAUCUAUUUUCAUAGAACUUAUUUACCCUACGGCUUUUUGUUUGUUCUAAAUUUUUCAAUUAACAUUUCAUGUACAAAUGCCUUAUCACUGAUACGACACACAAACUUUAAAUUAUAAAAUAAUUUAUUUUAACUCUAUAAUAAGGAUAAUGUUUAAUUUCGUUAAAAAGGUUUACUAAUUCAGUUACUUAAUUUACUUAAUAUUGUGUAUUACAUUGUUAAUAUAGCUACAACCAAUCUUCGGCAUAAUCAUCCCUGCAACAAUAUGAACCCAAUCAUUUGUAAUAAUAUGCGUAACAACAAACAAGAAUAUAAAGUUUUUCUUCAAAGUAGAUUCUGACCAAAUUUCAGAUUCUGUGCCCGAAAGUUACCAUUUGAUCGUUUUCAGGGCCCUAUCAGUAUCAGUCUCAGCUGAAACGGAAAGAUUAACUUUCGGUUGAGUUUCAGUUUCUGCUCAAUGUCAUUUAGGCUUUCGGUCGUUUACCGAGAGUCAGUGUGUCAGUUUGUCUUUUUUUUCAAUCAUUAUUGCUCGACUUCAUGCUGUCAUCGUAUGAAAUAUGACUAGUCAUUUGCAAGCACUACUCACAGCUGCAUAAUGACUAUGUGUUCAGUAUUUCCCAAAAAAGCAUUAUAAAUAUCAGUGUCACAAAUGACUUCGAUGGAGACGGGAGUGAUGGGCGUGGGUGCCGCACAAAAGUACAAUAGAUGAGGGAAUUGACAUCGGCAGAGUUUAUGGUAGUACAGGGAAGACAUGAUAGUUUGGGGAAAUCGAUACUCCAGGUGGACAGUGGGGGAACGGGUAUCACAAAUGUUUUCGAUAAAUGAGUUUUCAGUUUGCAGGUGGAAAUGGAAUGUUCACGAAGACCAUGGGUAGAGUUAGAUUAAUUAUCAGUAUUAGUAAAAGUCUCAACGUGAUAGAUUCUAAUAUUUGGUUAUGGACAUGGAAUAGACGUCCGGGGGUAAAAGGAUCUGAUCGGGGAAUUGUACCUUUAAUGAUGUGGCAAUUCAAUGACCGUGGGAUGGUUAGCUAGCAGAGUUUAUUGUCACAUGACGGGUAAAUAUAAGGAAGAAUUUUUUUUCGAAACAUGGGAGUUGAGAGGUAGAGCAGUAGUGUAGAGGUAGAACAGUAGAGACAGAUAAGGAGACGACAAUUGACUAGUUGACUAGUUGAAAGAAUACAGUUGAACAGUUUAUAGACAGUCAUAGAUAGCUGACACUGAAAACUACAGAAGAGCUUUUAAUUGAGUAAUAAAUAUAGUCUAAUUUAUCAUUGUAUACCUGGAGUUUGUGUUGUUGGAUUUCGUUCAAGUCUACGUUGUGCUUUUGUCUGUCUCAAUGCCUAGAUACCAACAAUAUAAAUCUCAGAUAAGAGCGGUGCUGUACUGACCACUACUAAGUCAAUAUAGUUUGUGAUAAGUCAGGACCGGAGCCCUCCUCCGUAGCAACCGAUCUGUCACAAUCAAUUAGGCUUAGGAAAAGGUAAAAAGAUUUGGGGGAACAUAAUAACGGAAUGGUAAUAUUUUAAUUUUUUAUUUUGUUGAAAUCUUUAUUUAAAAUAAUGUCUGGGAAACCUCGAUUUACUUAAAUCAUUUAUUUGUUACAUUCAUUUGAUUUUAUGUGGUUCUUUUCUGAACCGUCCAUGAGCGUGCCAGUUGACCAGUUGUUAAAUGCAGCGGGACAGGUUUAUGCCGACAGACGCAGCUAUCUUAAGGGUGAUAAUUAUGUGAUACAUUUUCUUUUUGAAUUGCAGCAGUCUAUUUGUGUGUCUUCAAUUACUAACCAAUUGGAUACUCUGUGAUAAGGGAUGAGAUGCAUCCCUACCUCAAUCAUUUUGAUGCGGGGUGGAACUCUUGUUUUUUCCCCUCUGCUUUGAAAAUGUAAUAACACAUUUCGGAAUAGAUAAAUUUGAGUAUGCUCCAAAUUUUGAUGCAUUCACAUCUAUUUUCAUAAUCAGCUCUGUAACAAAGAUAAGCUCGGCAGCAUUCUGCAGUCUAGAAAUUUAGCUAGUUGAAAAUUACCCAAAGACAAAAAGAGAAUGCAAAUUAAAAACUCACUUGAAGUUUAAAUAUGUUGGUAAAAACAACAAUACUAAAGCUGUAAUGUAGUAAUUUUACGAUUAACAUAUUAAGUCACGUACACUCAUUCCUUCCCCCCCCCAACCCCACACCAAGUCUGAGUAUGCUUGUAAAGGAUUUUUUUUUUCUUCACAACUUUUAUUAGGUUGAUGUCCAGCAUGUACCUGCAGGUUCGAAAGAUUGGAAAAAUUCAGCAGAUGAGAAAAUCAAACAAAGCAUGCAGACCUUUGCGGAUACAUAUCUAAUUGGGUCAAGAGUAGUUCUCAUUAGCAGUAAGCAAUGAAUCAAAAUAACCAGCGAUCUUUGAUAAGCUAGAUGAAAAAAUCAAUCCGGGUCACUAUUGGCCAUUUCAACAGGGGACACAAACUUACACAAAUAUAUAUUUUAUGCUCACGUAUUUACUUGUCCGUAUUAUAUAAACAUAUCUUAUUGUAUUUCCAUUAAAGCAGAUAUUGUAAUUUCUUUUAAACAUUGCUCAUGGUCAAGUAUUAUGAUUUAUUAAAAUUAAACUAUUUUAACUCAAGUUCUAACCAAAAUACGGGCAUGGAAAAUACACACUCGUGAUUUUAGUCCGAAAAGUCCCAUAACGGCACUUAAUGUCGAUGUGAAACCAGGGAUAUGUGAGGAUUUUUGUGUCAGUUUACUCACUUUACCUAUAACUAGCCCUUACCUUCUCUCAUUAUUUAGAACACAUUGAAUUAUGAUCUAGUAUUUUAAUUAAAAUACUACUUUUUUUUUUUACACGUUUAAGCUGACAAAGACUUUUCUGAUAAAUUGGCAUACAUCAAAAACGAUAAAAAAAUGGAAGUGAUUUUGUAUCACAAGCAAAAUGUUGACCCUUCACUUCUGCAACACGCCAGUGAGCAUUUUCUUUACUCAGACCUAACUGACGGCUUGCCAGAAAAAGAUGGACAUUUGGUAAGUUUGCAUAAAGCUAUUCUCUGUUGGACUGAUCUAUUUUUAUCAAACUCCGUUGUCAAAUUUAUACAAUUCACUUUAAAAAAUGAUAGACAGAGAUUUGGACCAACUUUUAUGACAAUACUUCACACAACUCAGGUAAGCCUAGGUAGCCUAGGUAAUAUUUAAAACAUUUUAUUGCAGAUACAGUGUCCGUAAUAGCUCACCAUAAAAACAGAAUCUGUUAAAACACUUCAUAUGAAAUGAAUGCAGACUUUCCAUGCUCAGCUGUCAGUGGAUAAAAUUAUCAAACUUUUAUUUUACUCAGAAGCUAAGGAAGGAGUUGAUGUGUGGUCUGUCCCCGACUGCAUUUUUAGUGAAGGCUUUAAAAAAAAAAAAGAAUAUAACAAAGUAAUUUUAAAGAUGAAUAAAAAUAAGAGAUCUCGAGGUAGUAGAUAAAUGAGAAAUCACAGUUAGCAUGUAAGAAACAUUCUGCUGUACCUUUUGUAUCCCAUAUUUCAAGAGGAUCAAAUAGAGUUUCAAUCGCAACCAAACAUUCAUCAAAAUUAUCUUCCACUGUCUUAACGGCAGCAUGAUGAGAACUCCACAAAGUGUUCAAGACAGUCUUAUCACCAAAAUGCAAGGUUGUUUUUUUCAAUAAAAACAUUACAUCGGUGAGUGGAUGUUGCAAAGAAUACAAAUAUUCUCUCAAGAAUACCAAAAAUAUAAUACUUGAAGCAUUUUCUGCAAGAGAGUGUCACUUAAGAAAGUUAAACAAAACUUCAAUUGGCUUUUAACCAUUGUCAAACACUGUGUUUUUUUCUGGCCUAAUUAUAAGGUAACAUCAUUUCUUACCCAUCAGUCUUUAACUUGUAAUACAUCAUAUAUUUUGAUUGGUUACAUGUGCGAGAAAUUUACCUGUGAUCGGUCAUCCUUUUAUGAAAUUUGGUUAGACCGAGCAUUGUGGUUUUUGCAAAUAUGCAUUUUUUAAAUUUGUUCUUGCCACCCUGAGAUGGUGUUACCCGGAGCAGUCUGCCCCCCUAGCCACACCACUGACAGCAUUACUAUCAAUGAAUAUCAUUAAUCAUUAUUCCUAUUUUUACUAUGUCAUGGCUUAAUUUAAGUUAAUUUAACAUGUCUCUUGUCAACACUUUCUAACACUGAAAGCAAGUGUUAUCUUCUUCUUUGUAUUACUGUAAAUUAUUUUAAGCCGAAAAGCUGUUAGAUUAUUAAACUCUAUUAUUUUCUUUUUGUAUUUAUUAUUUUACUUCUGCUGGGAAAUUAAAAUUAACAGAACUAUUAUAUCAAAAUGUCGCAUAGCGCAUUCAUGAGAAUUUUUCUCCAAUGUGGUAAAAAAAAAGUUAACGGUUAACUGAACGAAAAAGAUUUCAUUUUUUUUUAACUAUGUUAAUUUAAAUACAGGAAUCUGUAUUACUUAAGCUGUCAAUAUUAAUAUAAUGAACAUAAGAAAAAUCUUUAAUUGCUUUCAAAAUGAUCAUUUGAAUCUAUAAGACAUGGAUCCAGAUGCUGAAAUUGCCACUGACUAGUGUAAUAAAACAACAACUUGAUUAUAAUCAUACAGCAAGAGAAAUAUCCUUUAGGAAUACAACAUUUUGGCUAGUUUCAAGAAAAAAAAUAAUUUGUUAAUCUUCAUUAGUAGUGUUUGCUGAAAAGAGCUUCUUAAUUUUGCUGCUUGGGAUUUUAGUGUCACGUUUUUCAGGUUUUCCAUUUCCUCGUUUUACAUAUUUUUAUCUAAAUAACCUGAUUGCCCCCCCCCCCCGGGCCCCACCCCUCUAUUAUAAAAAAGUGUGCGCUAAAUUAAUGGGAGAUAAUUCCUGUUUUCAUUCGUGCAUGUAAAUCAUAGUAAAAGAUGAUGAAAAAACGUUGAAUUGUCUUAUUUUUACUUUAUAUAUUUUAUGUACAGUUUUACAUGCAUUUGUUUAGAGUUUAAAUUGUAUCCCACAGGCUGGCAUGUAGGUAGCUUUUCUUUAUUUGUUAACAUGGCUUGUUCUUUCCUUACAUUGAACUCUUAGAUUCAAACACUUAAGUUUAAGCGUGGCAAUACGUUCCAGGUUCCUACGGACAUUUUGCUGGUGGUCACUGGUUACAAGUUCAGCCAAGAUUUUCAAAGCGACCAAGUCAUAGAAAAGCUGAAAACCCUAAUUCAACCUUGGCAAGGCUCAGUUGUGAAAUGUGGAGCAAAGUUUUCAAUAAUUAAAGUAGCAGAUAUAGAAAAGGCCAAUGAGUAUGUUCUACUGAUAUAUACCAAUACCAUUUAUUUAUUAAACGAAAUUGCACAUAAAAUACAUGUAUGUAUCUUUUUUUAAAUUUAUUCAAUCAAUUAAUUUCUAAUAUUUAUCUGGGUACCACCAUAGUAUGUUGACUUUUUAAAAAAAAUAUUAAUUGUUGCAGUCCUUUCAAUAUUCCAUGUUUUUACAGAGUGAAAAAUGUUCAGAGUGAGCAAGUGAACGGGCAAGAAAUCCAAUUUACUCUCAUGGAAGACUCUGAACACAGAGAAGCGAUUCAGAGUUUCGUAUUUAUUUUGUUUUGUUAAUUUAAAAAAGAGAUCUCUGUCUCUUAUAUAAAGCUUAAAAUACUCUUCAAGAUGCACUAGUUGGUAGAUUUGUAAACGAUGCUUAAAAUCAUCGAGACGAGACUACCAAUAUGAAAAAUAUAAUUUAAUAUAUUUCAGAAAUGAUGGUAAAAAACAAAACUGGCGGGUUGGAUGCGGAGACCAAGACAGGGAACUUGGCACAAGCAGCUCCCAAAAAGAAUGUGAGUAGUCAACUCAUGUCAAAUGUUAGAUGAUAUUUUCCAGGGUACAUUUGUGCAGAAACUCGCAUAGCUAUUUGCAGGAAACAACACAUUAAAACCAUGAAAUAAAAACAUUAAACAUAAAAAAAAUUGCUUAAAUUUCUUUUUAAAUAAAAAAAUCAAUAUUUGCAUCAAAAUCAGCAGCAAAAAUUACACUAUAUAUGUAUGAUUGAGCUAGGCUGAUCAUAACGCCAAAGAGACGAAGUCAUUUAAAUAUGUUCAGAUUUCUUAAAACGAUAGUAGUGUUUUUCUAUUAUUUUACCGAAAUCGAAUAAAUUUAAAUGCGAAAAAAUAUGUAUCUGUUUCUAGUUUAAUAAAAAUGUUUAAGUCUAUAUAUAAAAGAAUUAUCGAGGCUGACCGUAACGCUAAGACGUGAAAAAUUUUAAAUACGUUCUGAUUGUGAAAAACUAUCAUAGUUACAGUUAUUUUCUAUUAUUUUACGGGAAUCGAAAAAUUUUAAAGCGGAAAAUAUGAUAUAUCCUUUUUAUUUUAGUAAAAUUUUAAGUAUUAUUAAUAUGAAUUACAUAUACAUUUAAAAUAUCAAUAAAGGGAUUAUAUUAAGCAUUUUAUAUGCAUUUGAAUCCAAUGCAAAAAAAAUAUUUAAAACAAAAUAUAUGAUCAGUGAAUUACACUGUAAUCACAUUUAUCGGGAAAACCCAAACAUAAAUUGUUAUUCAAUUACUUACUAAUAUUUACCAGCCUACUGUCAUAGUAUGUAGUAUGUUAAAAUGAAUUUGAUGAAAAUUUAACCUUCUGAGGUAUAUGCAUAUCUCGGGUAAAAAAUAGGAUGUGUAUAUUUUUACGUGGAUGACAAUAUAUUUAAAUACUAUUGCAUUUCAUUUGUGAUAAAAAGGAUGUCACAUUUAAUUUUACAAAUUAACACAUGUUUACUAAUUAAUAAAUUCAAGGACGUUAACAAAACGAUGGUGUAUUUACAUAAGUAUACCCAUGAAUAUAAAAACCCAUUCAUUUUACACAUUUUAAAAAAUUUAUUUUAAAAAAUGGAAAUGGAUUGAUAUUUUCCUUUUAUAAAAUGACAAUAUUUUUUAGCUUUUACUUUCCGAAAAGUAAAAUUGGAGUGCAUUUUUAUAACAUGAACAGUUUUGAAAAAUAAUAGGACACUCCAGUCUGAUAUAGACGUGAAAAACGAAUGCGCGAGUCUUCUUUAAAUAAAAGAAUUCCGUGUUUUACGAUUUCCUGAUAAUGUAGCCUAUAAUUUAAAAAAAAAGAAAAAAAAACACCUUUAAUAUAAAGCAGAUACAUACUUCUUAAAACUUAAUGAUCUUAGAAACGAAAAUAUCUUGGCAUGGAUACUUUUUUUUAAAAAAAGCUAGGAAUUGUGACGAGGAUUUCCAAUGGCAGGUAGAAUUUAUAGCAAAGGACCUACCUUUAUUAUCCAGAUAACAUCACAUCAGUUCAUAUAUACUAGUUAUUAUUAUACAUAUACACAUUUAAAAUAAAAAAUAAAGGUACAAAUGUCAGCAUAUUAUCCCAGUCUGAAAGUUAUGAAACAAAUUUUUAAUUAAAAAAUGAUGAUCAAAGAAUUACUUCGUCAUCAUAUUUAUCCGGAAAAUGCAAAAAUCAGUUGUUUUAGUGCUUUUUCAGUGCGUUGUUAAUAUUACGAAAUAAAAUUCAAAUUAAUUUGUCUAAAACAACAUGCAUAUGAUGUCAUAGAGCGAAUUGCCUAUUUUAGCUAAAGCUCUAAGUUUUCUUCAUUUAAUAAGCACGCGUGACAAAACUGAUAAUUUAUUUUCCCUUUCUUAAAAGUAAAAUUAAUAAAUAUAAUUCAUUGCUUUUAAAAUUGUUAAUAAAACAAAAAUUUUUCUUUGUAAUUUUAACAGAUUAUACGAGUUAACUUAUUUUUCAUUCCAAAACAUAUACUUUUAUCAAAUUUAUAAAGUAAUUAAAAUUUAACCUUUAAAUAUAUAAGAUCACUAAUAAUAAUAAUAAUAAUAUAAUUUUAAUUAGAAAAGGCUGUAGAGGUCAAUCAGUGCAGCCAAACUUCUUAGCCAAAUACACUCAAUAACGAAAUUUUCACGUAUCCAAAUAACAAACUAAAUGAAGUUGUAAUUUGUGCAAUUUGAUAUAUAUCAUAUUUAUAAAUAAAAGUGAAAGUUUGUGGGUUUGUUCCACAAAGGCUUUUACACGAAUAGAUGGAUCUUGACCAAACUUGGUACACAUAUACUUUAUUAUCCAUAUUCAAAUACCGAAGGGUACUGAACUCAUAAUAUCCAUUUCUCUGGGGCCAGGGGGCCCAGUUAAUUUUUCCUUAUAUAAGCAUCAUAAAUAUCAAUAGGCUUAACGCUCCUACAUGAAUGGAUGGAUUUUGACCAAACUUAUUAGACAUACACAACAUUAUCCAUAUUCAAUUACUGAAGGGUACUGAUCUCAUAAUAUCCAUUUCUCUGGGGCGGGGGCCCCAGUUCAUGUUUCCUACUAUAAGCUAUAUGAAUAUUAAUAUGGUUAGACAACGUUAUAGGUUAUGUGUGAAGUUAUGGAUCUAAGCCUAGCUUUAUUCAUUAGGCUUCUUAGUCCGUAUUGAAAUAUCGGUGGAUUUAAAACAAAUAAUAUCCAAUCUAGAAUUUUCCAGAAAGUUCGAUAAUUUUAAAAAAGCUCUAUCUGCGGCAUUUCUGAAUCGAUUUUAAUGGGACAGAAUUAACAUUUUAACUUUAAUGUUUUUUGUCUGAUUUUUAUAAGGCCCCCUUUAUCAGGCAUAAUUAAAUCGGUACAGUUAUGAAAUGGGCCCCCGGGACCCCUCUAUUAACUUAAAAGAAAAAGGAUUAUAUUUAUGGCAUUUGUUGAAGAUUUUUAUGCUAUUAUUAAAAAUAAUUAAAUAAGUAGAAGAGUAGUUUUUACACAUGUAACCAGCAGGUUAUUAAAUUUAAUCUAGAAGGUUCCAGAAAGUUCUAAAUUGUUCCAAGGGGAUAUAAAGUGGGAUCUAAGGGAUUUUUGAAAUUUUGUUUAGUUCUAGUCAUUUCUAUACUUUCCCGAAGUUUACUACUCUCUCAGUAAAAGUGAGUAAUUUUUUUUAUGUUUGGAAUAGAAACAAAGGGGUCGGGAUCCCAUAAUAAUCUUAAUUCCAAAGGGAUCAGGAUCCCAUCAGAAAACGGGAUCCCACUGGGAUCGGGGUCCUAAACUUGAAUGGAUCCACUGGGAUCGGUAUCACACAGGGAAAUGGGACUGCGCCGAGAUCGGUGUGAGAAUGGGAUAGGGGUCCCAAGGGGAUCGGGGGGUCACACCAGGAUGAGGUCCUAAUGCAAUCCUGUGCAACGCCGGGUAUAUUAGCUAGUAUGUAUAUAAAAAUACAAUUAUAGGACAGAUUUGAACUUUGGUACACAUUUUAUGUUAUAUAAUUAAAACAAAAUAUGUCUUAUUACAGAGUUAUGAGUAGAAUUAAACAUCUUGUUUUAAAAAAUAUACAACAUUGUGUGUUAAAAGGGGUCUAGAACUCAAGAAUUUUAAUUACUUUCAGGGAAGUGCAAAAAUGUGUGAAUGUAUACUAAGGGGGCUACAACUAGGGGUCGCAAAACCGGUCCCUUUUAUCGAAACCGGUAUUUUCGAUAUUGAAUUUUUUUUUUAUCAAUAUUAAGAGAAUUUUGUAUCGAAAUUAGAGAUGAUGAUUUAUUAAAGGAAUAAAAACAAUAAAAAAGAAAUAGCAUUUUGAUUUUUAUUAAGUUGUUAACAAGAACACAAAUGUCUAGCUUCAGACAUUAUCAAAUAAUAAAAUAAUUUGUGUAGUUUUAGUCUUUGGUCCAAUUCAAUGAAUGAGAUCGUAACAAUGACACCAUGUCUAAUCUUUGAUCGCUAAAUUUUGAGCGCAAAUGGUUAGAAAAGUGACCAGAUGACGAGAACUUCCGCUCAGACUCCACAAUCCCAAACGGAUGUCUUUUUUUCCGAUAGUUUCAUAUGCUUUUCAUAUUUUGGUUUAUUUUAUUCAGUGUCCUCCAUUUUUAUCUCUAUCAACAUGAAGGGGAAAUAAAUCAUUAACGAAAAUGUAUUUAUUAAAUCUAUUUGGUUUGACAUAAAAAAAAAAAAAAAAUUUUCAUGUAAAUAUUUGGCUAGGUACAAUCCAAACAAACUGGGACAUUCAGACAUACAAAUGUUUUUCAUAUUCUUUUCAUAUUUUGGUUUAUUUUUUUCAGUGGCCUCCAUUUUUAUCUCUAUCAACAUGAAGGGGAAAUAAAUCAUUUACGAAAAUGUAUUUAUUAAAUCUAUUUGGUUUGACAAAAAAAAAAAAAAAAAAAAUUUUCAUGUAAAUAUUUGGCUAGGUACAAUCCAAACAAACUGGGACAUUCAGACAUACAAAUGUUUUGCUAGGUACCGUCCAGACAAACUGGGGCAUUCAGUCAUGUAAAUAUAUGGCUAGGUAAAGUAGAGACAAACUGGGGCUACCGCCUUGGACAAAAUAGCUCGUAAAUCAAUUAUGAGGUGAAUGUGAAUUAUUAAUGUUUUUUUUUACAAAAUAGUAGUAACAUAAUUUGUCUAUUUUUUAAACUUAAGGUAUUUGAUAAUCAAAAUACGGAUUUACUCAUAGUUUUAAAUGUGUCGAUAGUUUGGCAUAAUUAAAGGAGGUCAAACAAUCAAACAUUUUUGUUAUUCAAAGUUUCGGUAUUUUCCAGAGUCGGGAUCCUGGAUUGCGACCCCUAGCUACAACUCUGUGAAUGAAUUUAUUUUUAUUAAAUCUUCCAGGAGGGGGGUGGAGUGGGGGAGGGGAUUCAAAAAUUUCAUAUUGCUCCAGGCAGCAAAAGAUAUACGCCUCAGAAUAAAGGAAUAUAUUUGAUUAAGAUUAAACCUUCUUAGGUACAUAUAUAUCAGGGAUAGGAAAUAGGAUGUGUAAAUUUUUACGUGUACGACAAUAUCUUUAAAUCCAAUGAUAUUACAGUUGUGAAAAAGAGAUGUUACAUUCUCUUUUUACAAAUAAACAAUCGUUAACCAAUUAAGAAAAUCAAUGGCGUUAACAAAACGUAGGUACUUUUACAUAAGUCUACCCAUGAAUCUCAAAACAUUAUCAUUUUACACAUGUGGAAAUUUAAUUUUGAAAAAUAGAGAUGGGUUAAGAUGUUCUUUCAAAAAAUACAACUGUAUUUUUUAUUUUAAUUUGCAAAAAGUUAAGUGGGUGAAUAUUGUUAAGAGGUUAGUAAAAACUUUGUAAAACAGACACUAAAGGCGUUUCAUAACGGUGAAAAACGGUUAGGAGAUACCUCUUUAGAUAAAAGAUUUCUUUGUUUUACUAUUUUCCGAUAAUAAUCUAGUAGAAAACAAAGGCAAAAAAAUUAGUUUAGGGGCACGAAAAGUGGUAGGGUAGCCCUAACCUUUAACAAUUAGGAAAACGUAUUUCUCUAGCGUAGAAAUCAAUCGUCAAUCAAUGAACUCCUUUAGUGACAAUAAUGAUUUAAUGAGUGAUCAUUUAGAUUUGGUAAUUUAAGGCUAUGUUUAGAGGGGAAAAAAAUGUAGUUUAAGGGCUCGAAAGGAUGUAAGGUAGGAGUAUAAUGUAUAACAGAAAAAUACUUCUUAAAACUUUUAAUGAUGUUAGAAAAGAAAACAAAUUCCUUAUAGUUACUUCUUUUAAAAAUAAAGAAUUGUGGUGAGUUUUCGCUUUAACAGGUACAAAAUUAUCGCAAAGUGCCUGCGAUUUUUAUCUCAAUAUAUCGGGUGAUAUUGUUUCGUAUUGUAUGAACAUAUAUUUGUGAUAAUAAAAAAACUACGCUUUUUAAAAAGGAGUUCAUUUAACUUUUGAAAAUUAGUACUAUUUGUAUUUAGUUCAUUGUCUAAAUUAAAUAUGUUAUUUAAAAAGCCACAACUGAAAGGUAAGAAUAAUUCACCACCUCCCAUGCCAACGGACAUCUCAACUGAUCGACAAGCUUCACAGCAGAUUGCACAAGCUUCUCAAACACAGUCAUCAGUCGAACAAGCAUUGGCUUUUCAGAUACUGCCCUCAUUUGGACCGGUUUUACAGAAGUUUACAAGUAAAUGUAUUUUAUUUUCAUGUCAAUUUGUGAAGUAUUACAUCGUUCAGCCAGUCUGUUAUUUUGAUGGCUUCCUCGAAGACCAUUUGUACGAUUCAAUAAACAUCAAUUCUGCACCAAUUUUCACACAAUUAAAAAAACAUUGACGGUGAGGGACAUGGUAGUAACAUAUGUACAAAUUUUUAAAGUUACAAAAGAUGUACAUAUUAUAGAAACCUAACGGGUGACAAGUUUUUUAAAUGUUGAACUUCCAAGCACCAAUCAUACUCGUCAUCAGCGGCCUGCUACACCCCAUCAUUCCGUUUGGAGCGAUCCAUGGCUUUCCUCCUCCAAGCACAAACCAAAUCCAUAUUUGUAUACGACGCAAACAACAACGUUAUGGUUGAUAACGGAAAAAAAAUAUUUGUGAUGCCUGGGCGUAGUACGUUUACCAUAAUUAUUUGAAUUUAAUGACACAUUUUAAAUCACGUUAUCUUCUUAUACAGGUAGGCAUCAUUAACUAGCCAAAUAACUUAAUAAAAUAAUCAUCCAAAAAUGUAACAGGUGGACAGCAAAAUUCAUGACUAUGUGUCAAAUGGGGGUUAAUUAAAGGUUUAAUUUUAUAAAAUUUAAAUUUAGAAAUAAACGUAACUUAAGUUCAAAUUCAGAUAUACAUGCACUUUAACUGUUCAAUAAUGACCACAAAAGUGUAUUCUUUUUAAAACAAAUUUAUUUGUGUUUCUUCGCAAUACAUCCAUGUUAUUGUAUCUAUCUAUCUCUAUAUAUAUAUAUAUAUAUUAUAUAUAUAUAUAAAUAUAUAUAUAUAUAUAUAUAUAUAUUUAUAUAUAUAUAUUUAUAUUUUAAGAACAAUUUACGCUGGCACCAGCUGGCAUAUUCUGGGAUAUGGAAACUUGUCCAGUACCAAUAAACUCAACAGUCCAUGACGUGAUUAAAGCUAUUAGAAAAAAAUGUGUUGAUGAAAACUAUUCUGAAUCUGAAAUAGUCUGUUUCUAUGACGUCUCAAAAGGCGGUGACACCUUGCAACAGUUACAAGACUUAAAGGUAUGCAAUGCUCAAUUUGAAUUCUUUAAGUUUUGCUACACAUUUAGAAUGGUUUAAGGUUAAGAUCAAAAUAGCCUAGAUUCUUGGAUGAAUAUGAACAUUUUGUUAAAGCAUAGGCAAAAAAAAUGACCACUGAACGAAAUUUUCAUCUAUUUUCAUUUAGGCCUAAACUUGGGCACAAUGUGUUAGGCUGAGUGCGUGUAGAGGUAAUUGCAGGGCUCGGCCCUGUGUAUAUAUCUGUAUGUACGUGUGCAUGGUUUGCAAGUGUGGAGCCAGUAUUUAAAUGACUAGAUAGAGUAGAAACUUUUUUUUACCAAGUACAAUAUUUCAUUUUUUCUCUCUUGUAAGUAUAUAGAUUUAAUAUAUAUAUAUUUUUAUAAAAUAAUAACUUGUAUUUCAAUCAAAUUUUUGUAAGCUCAAAACUGUUCACACCUUCGAGGAUCCUGCUCCUGUAAUUCAAAACAGCUUGUUGAAAUUUGCUGAGAUGAUUCCACUGAUGAGUAGACUUAUUCUCAUCUCUAGUAAGUAAACUAUUCAAAUAAUAUAUUAAACCUAAAUUUUGACCCAGAAAGGUUUUUUUUGGAGCUCGUUCCAUGAAAAAAAAAUGACUGAAUGGACGCGAGAUUUUUUUUAAAGAAAAAAUAAAGUGCAGAUUGAAAUAAUGAAAUAUUAAUUCGUGUAUUUGUACAAAUCUUGUCAUAUUAGUUCUUUACUUUAAUUGUAUGUCAAACAGAAAUAUAAAUGGGGAUGCAAUUGUCAGUGACCCAAAUCCCUCUGCCAGUAGAUCAUAUGGGUUACAAAAAGUUCAUACAAUUUCAGUUUAUAGUUACAGCCAUGUUUUGAGAAAGAAAAUGAAAGAAGCUGAAAAGUUUUAAUGAAAUAUACCUUGCAUGAUAACUGACAAAGUAAUCGGUUUCCUGGUUAAGACCCCAUCGACUUUAUCUGGCCACAUUGUCUAAGGAUAUUGAUAUUAUAUUACAGUGCCAUUCUCAACCCACAAGGUUCACGCUAACGCUUGCGAACACAAGGGCUAUUAACGCUUCAUGAAGUCAAAGUCACUCUUUAAUAAUAUUCAUAUUCUUCAGAUGUCAAUAGCCACAACACUUGAUACCUUCAACCACACCGUAACAAUCAGAACUCCUUGAAAUGCCUUGUGUAUUAAAAUCACAUAAUUAUGGAAUAAAUCAUUAACGACGCUAACAAUUCACCUCAUAAAUGGUUCACACUAAUAACAGCGAUUCUCAUACCCUUGAUAAUAACCCAAUAUGUUCAUAUCCUGCAUAAAUUAAAAAUGCAAACAAAUUUAAAACCUUGUAAAUGGGUGGCAUGGAAUUAUUGCCUUGUGUCAAUUUAAUUUUAAUCAUUUAUAUUUUUCAGCCCUAAUUUUAUUUUCGAAAACUCUCUUUUCUUCGUAGACAAUCCAGAUUUCCUUCACUUGCUGGACCACCACAAGAAUGUCAAGAAGUUCCAAACCUUUCUUAUACACGUCAACAUUGACAGCCCGGCACUUGCUGGAGGCGUAUCCAAGUGUUUUACCUUGGAGGAAAUAGUUGCAAAAGACGAUGACGCCUCUGCUGACAACGCUUAAAACAGUGGUUGUUUACUCCUAAAAUAUUAUUAUUUUUUUAGCCUGUGAGAAAAAUGUGGUUCACACUAUGUCGGGCUUUUAGAUGUCUAUUUGUUACUAAUUUGCUUGGAAUAUGCUUGGGUGCUGGGCGCUGCGUGGUUGGGUUGAUCAAUUACAAGUAACACUCCCACGCCAUGUUAACAAUAUGGAAGAGUUUAUUUUACACAGUAAACCAGUUUACAAAAUUAGACAAGGCUUGACUAUAUAUAUAAGGAACACGUCAUUUUCCCUCUGCUUACUCAUUUAAACAAAAAGGAAUUCCUCUCUAUUCAAAUGCACUACAGGUCCAACAACUUCAAGCUCUCAACAUCUCUAUAAAUCAAAGUAUCUGUAUCCAUUCGUUUAAUAAACCCAUAUAAAUUUCGACCAAUGAACUCAAAACUCUUUGGAACAUGGACUUUCAAUGCUUGUACAUUUAAACAGCUCGCGUAAUCUAUUACUAUUAUUAAUUGCUUUACAUACUUCCGUCUGUAAAUGCACACAGCCUUGACACAUACAUUUAUCCUAUCUAAUUGGGGCAGUCCUUUUUAAUAAUGAAACGUUCACUCAUAAUUCCUUGACAUUUACCAGAUAAAUAAUUUUCAUAUACUGGUACAAUUGUGUCAGUCAAAGCGGGAGUGCCCGACUGUCACUCCAUGCAGGGGUGCUCAAGUAUCAGUCUAAAUCGGCUUACCUAAGUGUCAAUCUACGCGGGGUGCUCAAGUGUCAAUCUAUGCGGGGGGCGCUCAAAUAUCACUUUAUGCAGGGGUGCUCAAGUGUCAGUCCUUGCAUCGGUGCUUAAGUUUCAAUCUAACCCGG